AGACCUCGGCCAUCCCCCUUGGCUUCCGUAGUCCUUCUUGUCCUAACGACCUUCCAAGCCUCGACUCUUUCCAACCUCCUCUUCUGCCCACUAAAAUCUCCCAGCUUUUCUAUUCCUUCUUAGACAGAAAAAAAAUAUGGCAGCUAAAAGGCUUCUUGAUGACUCCGAUCAAGACAAGGAUCGGUCGGAGGACAAACGGAUGCGGCGCCUGCCUUCUUUCUCAACGGUGAUCAGAGAGGCCAUGAUGGCGAAGUCAUUGCAAAACUUGUUUAUGGCCUUGGAACCACUGCUUCGUAAAGUGGUGCAAGAGGAGGUGGAACGCGGACUAAUUCAUAGCACGCGUCUACUUCACAGGCCUUCGCCUUCACAAAUGCACAUUGAAGCAGCUGAGCCACCAAGAAUGAAACUAAUCUUCCAAAGACAACCAUCACUCCCGGUCUUCACCGGAAGCAAGAUUGAAGACGAGGAUAAUAACCCUCUCCAGGUCCUCCUCGUAGAUAACCAUGACAGAGAAAUACCUCUGUCCUCGAUACCAUCACCUCUCAAAGUAGAGGUGGUGGUCCUUGAUGGCGAUUUUCCUUCUGAUGAUCUCGAAGACUGGACGAGCACCGGGUUCCAGAAGAGCAUAGUAAAAGAAAGGACAGGAAAGAGGCCAUUGAUUACAGGAGAAAUCAACCUCACACUAAGAGAUGGAAGUGCUUCCAUCUCGGAUCUCACAUUUACCGACAAUUCGAGCUGGAUAAGAUGCAGGCACUUCAGGAUAGGUGCAAGAGUUGUGCCAGGGAGCUAUAAUGGACCAAGAAUCAAAGAAGCCAUGACCGUAGCUUUCAUGGUUAAAGAUCACCGAGGGGAACUGUACAGGAAGCAUUAUCCACCAUCUCUCAACGACGAGGUAUGGCGACUAGAGAAGAUAGGAAAAGAUGGGGCAUUCCACAAGAAACUACAAGCUGAGAAUAUUAAGACGGUCCAGGACUUCUUGAAGCACUUGGUUAUCGACCCUGAUCAACUCCGCAAGAUAUUGGGAGUUAAUAUGUCAGACCGGACAUGGGAGGGAAUAAUUAGUCAUGCCAGAACCUGCGACGUGGGUAAAAAGAUUUACUUCAGCCGUGGGCCCAGUUUUACCCUUCUCUUGAACUCCAUAUGUGAAGCUGUUGGAAUUAUGACUGAUGGCAUGAUGGUCCCGCUAAAUGAUCUCAGCAGAUCUCAGAAAACUUAUGUACAGCAGCUGGUCAGAGAGGCAUAUCAAAACGGGAUUGAGCUGCAAGAAGCUGAUGGAUUGCCCAAUCCUAACGUUCCUCUACUUCAAAAUGAAUCAGUGCAUCAAGGUGGGAUGGAAUCAUUGCCAUGGAGUACUGUAAUCCAAGAAAGUGCUGCAUUCGAAUAUCAAAUUGGGGGUUUUGACGAGGCUGGAGCUCCUCCAAACAAUCUGCAAAUUGCAUUCAGUAGUCCUGCCCAAAAUCCAGCAGGCUUGAUGCCUCCAAUUCCAUGGAAUCAUGAUUAAAUGUCGGGUUGAUUGUUUGAUUGAGAAUGACAUGAGCUGUUGUUUAGCCUUCCUAAGUUGGCAGCUAAGCUACAAAGAGCCUGUCAGAUUAGUAGUUUUGAUGUACAUUAUAAAGGAUAUAACAAGUUGAAAUUAGGUUCCUGUCAGCUGCCCUGAUUGCUUGCAUACAAUAAAGGCAAUAUAAGCAAGUAACAAGAGGCGCUUUCUUCUUAUUUCUUUCCUUUCUUUUUUUUUUCCCCUUAUCUUUUCUUUCUUUGUUUUUUGGGUGGGUGUUGUAAAGGUCGGUGGGGUGGAUUGAUGUCCUGUACAAGUGUUAGGAAAUGUCUGUUGCAUUUGUGCUUCUCCCCCACUUGUUGUUGGGUGAAUGAAAUUUGGAUCAUGGGAAUCAUUCUCUCUGCCAAUUUAAGUUAAUCAGCUAUUUCCUUGU